AUGGUGUCAGAAUCUUCAGUGAAACUUUCUUUUUCCAGGCAACAAUAUGCAGAAAUAGAUUUCGGGCUGUUCAUACCUCAGUGGUAUGGUGACUACUUCAUGAUACUGGAAAAUGAUGAUGGCAGCGAAGAGAGGUUCAGGGCUUUGACCAUUAAAGGUGCCGUUUCAGGCAUUGAGAUCAGUCGAUUGAGACAGUCCGUGGACCUUGGUGGCAAGCUGGAGAAGACUCUGACUUAUACUUGUAAAGUGGAAUGUGAACUCACUGACAUAGUGUGUAAAGGAGACAGUGCUAUACCUAAGGGACACAUCGCUCUUAUACCGUCUUCGAAGUCUAUAAACAUCAAUUUCCCUGUGUUUGAAGAGGAAGACGCGUGCGUCUAUUUGGGUACGUUCAGGAGUGAAGGAAAGAUGUAUAACAAAAUCGUUGCUGUGUUGGAAAGUAAGUCGCUACUAUAA